UUUUCGCAUUUUUACUCUAUACACUUUUUAAACUUAGCUGAAAUUGUGGAGAGCUUAACGUAAUUUCGAACCUCCCGCUGACACAAUCGGUGCAGAAAUGCUCCGUACAUCGAUCAAUAAAAGUAGAUUUCUUCUACAACAGAUGUGAAUUGUGGACAAACUUUAGUCGCGCCCACUAGAAUAAGCCGUAAACAGCAUUCUACAAUUUCUACAGGCUCAUCUGACAAUCCAAUCUAUAACCUCUGUGAUUUGUGAUUCGAGUUUCGAGCCUGUACAGGCCUGUAGUCAUUUCAAUAUUGAUUAAAAUUCGUGUUUGUGCGUCUUAUGGUUAAACCCGUCGUUUAAUCGUCGUGUCGCCGUGAAUUUCACAUCAAAUUCGUUAGCCACCAGUGAUAAGUACUUGAUAUGUGACAGUAUAAACCCUUUGGAUUUGUGUUCAGGUGAAUUUUUCCGAACAACUGGACACUGUUCAAUCAAAAAGUAUGCCCGGCCGGUUCAACAACAAGGCAUAAACAGUAUUUGUGGCUACUCGAAACCUGCCACUCUAGCACAACUCCAGUCAACAACAGUUUCAUAUGGAAUUUGCUUAAGCAGCAGCAUUCAGCUCAUCAUACUUAUUUUGCUUGAAGUGCCUGUAGAGUUCAUGUUUAUUUUGUCGCUUGACGAUUUACACGACGUUUCGUGUUCAGUCCCCAACCAUGUCGAGUCCGCCUAACCAACUCAGGGAGCAGCGCUCCUUCUCUGUAGGCGCCCGAUUGUCCUUUCGCAGCUUCUUUAAAGAUGCCGGCCCUAAGCAGUCACGCAGGGCGUCACAAGACAUUACGAAACUCCCAAAGGAUUUGCCAUUUACCCGGAGUAAAAGCCGCAGCGUUGACCACGGCAUAUCUUCGCCCUACGAUCUCGCUGUUCUGCGUAGCAGCGUCGACCGGACUCUUCACAGAGAUCUCGAUGGAUCCACCAAUAGCUUAUCGGGAAGGCGCAGCGGACCACCGGAAAACACCACGACCUAUACGGUUGUGGAUAGGGAUACUUUAACAUCAGUGGCAGCUCGGUUCGAUACAACUCCGUCUGAAUUGACGAAGCUGAACAGAUUGGCCACGCCAUACAUUUUUCCCGGGCAACAGUUGUACGUUCCUUUGCGCGAUUCUGCUGAAAAUGGCUCGGAAGGAUCCACUCCAGUUGAGGACACCAAUGACGAUUUGCCUCCUGAUGAAAAGGAGCUGCUGGACAAUCUGCGACCAGUUAGUCCCAAGCCUGGACAUGUGGAAAGAGUCAGGACGCCCUCGUACAACCAGAGCGUUUCGGUGGAAAACGAGGAAGAGCCCACAUCAGUAUUCCGGGAACGGUUCCUCAAAAUCAACGUCAAGCACAUUACGGAUGGUGAAGGGGUGGUGGCUGGCGUUCUUCUAGUCACCCCAAAUGCUGUGAUGUUUGAUCCCAACGUUUCUGACCCAUUGGUGAUUGAAAAAGGUCCUGAAGCUUACGGGGUGAUAGCCCCUAUGGAGUUCGUGGUGAAUGUGGCCAUCUACAGCGACAUAGCACAUAUGCGAGUCAGCCACAUGGAGAGCAACGUCAGUGAGAAGGCUGAAAUCUACUAUCCGAAAGGAGAGAAGGAACCCGAUUCGUUGCUGGUUAAGGAUGAAACGUUUCCGGAAUUGGGGGCUGGAACUGAUGAUGCAGAGUCAGUGUGCUCGUGUACAGAGAGGGAAGGAAACGCGUUCCCUAAAGCGUUUGAGCGAGACCUGGUCACCCCCACUAACCUGGAAGAUCCUGACAGCGAGCAGAGGGGCCUGGAUGAGAGGCGGAAGUCGUUGCUGGAUCAUCAUUGGCCAAUGUCGUCGCGUGAUAGACAGUCUAUCGACACUGAUGAAAUGCCGGCGAUUUCUACGUCGAUGCACGAAGAUCACAUUGAGGAGGAGGAACCGCGCGACGACGAGCUGAAGGAGAGUUGCCACGACUCCGGCAUCGACAUCAGAGAGGCCCCAUUGUUGCCCCUCAUCCCCAUCCCCAUCAAAGAGCAUUACAGUGAUGCUGAUAUAGUGUUGUCAAAAGAAUGGGUGCCCCCAGUCACCAUCGCCUCCACCCAUCACUCGUUGAGCAGCGACACUGAAAGCCCAGCCAGGAAGAAAACAAACAGCGUCUCGUUCAGCUUGGAUUCCAGCACAGAUGCUGACGCGUCUACCACUCAGUGUUCCACCACCUUGCUCGAUUCCAAAGAAGAUACCGAAAAGUCUGAAAGUAGGAAGAAUAAGAUGUUUAAAAGACUGUCCUAUCCCUUAUCCUGGAUGGAGACCUUGAGUGGGGAAAAAGAAGAUGACAAGUUUCCUAGUCACCCGCACACCGCGGACGCACAGCAUUCUUCAGUGUUUGCUAAAGUGUUCUCAAGUUCGCCAAUUAAUUUGGUCGAUUUCGGCACCGGACUGUUCGUGAAGACUCCGUCGGAGGACAGCGGCGGUUCAGGAGGGCCCCAUUCGGGCGGCAGCAGCGGGCCGCCGCUGACGGGGGAAAGCCUCUCAUCUUCGAGUAGCUUUUUCCCGACUAACAUUAUUAGUUCCAUGGGAGCUUCGGUGGGCGCCCAAGUGGGUGCUUUGGGCUCCACUGUGGGGGCGCAAGUGGGCGCCUUGGGCUCCACAGUCAGUGCCGUAGGGAGAUCGUCAGUGGGCACGUUUAUACGGCAGCCAACUGAAAGCAGUUCGAAGAAGAAGGACCCUCCGCCGAAGCUGGACUACAGAUCGAUGGUUUCCGUCGACGAUAAGCCGGAUUUAUUUGCGUCUAUUGAUAAGCUGAUCCCGCGGCCUGCUCGGUCGUGCGAGGAUCCUCCUCUUUAUCUACGCCUCAAAAUGGGCAAGCCAAUCAACAAGAAGAUUCCACACUCGACGCCGCUGAUGUCCUACGGGAAGAAGAAGAUGCGUCCCGAGUAUUGGUUCAGCAUUCCGAAGAACAGAGUGGACGAGCUCUACAAAUUCAUCCAAGCCUGGGUGCCUCACCUCUAUGGGGAACUCGAUGAGGAAAAGAUCAAAGAGCGCAACUUUAUGCUUGUGGAUCUGGACACUGAACUAUGGAGCGAAGAGCCGACCCCAUCAAGCAGCCGACAUGGAAGUCAAGGAGAAGAAAUGGCUGAAAUCACCAACACUAAUUGGGAGCUGAUCAAGGCCCCUUACGCUAAGAUCUACAACAUCAUCAAGACGCAAACGAUGUCCGAAGGAAGCGUCGACGAGGUGCAGUCAAUGUCGGACGAAUAUCGGCGCGCCUUCUACGGCACCGUCGAUACCCAGUCCCUUGACGACUUAUCACCUCCCGAUCUGAUUGGUAAGACCGAAAUUCUCACCGAUGAUCAUCGAGAGUCGCUCUGCAGACAUUUACCAGCCCGAGCUGAAGGGUAUGCCUGGACUUUGGUUUUCAGCACCAGUCAGCACGGGUUCAGUCUUAACAGUAUGUACAGGAAAAUGUUCAAGCUAGAAUCCCCCAUCUUAUUGGUUAUUGAAGAUACUGACAAUAAUGUAUUUGGUGCUUUAACUUCAUGCGCUCUGCACGUUUCGGACCAUUUCUAUGGAACUGGAGAGUCAUUACUGUUCCGCUUUACGCCCCAUUUCCAAGUCUACAAUUGGACUGGCGAAAAUCUGUACUUUAUCAAAGGAAAUAACGAAUCGUUAAGUAUCGGAGCCGGAGACGGAAAGUUUGGUCUCUGGUUGGAUGGGGAUUUGUAUCUGGGACGAACGGAAACAUGCAAAACAUACGGAAACGAUCCCCUUACGCCAAAAGUGGAUUUUGUUGUGAAAACACUGGAAUGUUGGGCCUUCAUAUCUAGUUAAGACGUGUUUUUUGUACAUGCAUUUGGCCACAGAUUAUUGUGUUAAGGCAGAAGAUGAACUACGAUGCAUAUCAAGCUAUCAUGGAAAGGGCAUAGAUAAAAUUUAUUAGAUAUUGCUUAGUAGGACUUCACUACUGCAAAAAAAUUAUUGGCUGGUUAGCUCACACGGAGAUGUGCAUUAUUUAUUUAAAAGAUACAAAAAUACAUAUUGUAAUGUUAGCAGAUAUUUCAUUUACCAUUUAGACAAUUGUUUUAGAUCGUUCUUCUCAUUGGGCUUUGUGGCUUAGAUACUUAAAAAAAGAUAUAAAAAAUGGCUGUCUACCGGAGAGUAUUUCCAUGCUAUGCUACAACGAAUUUUUUCAAUUUUCCGCAUAUUAACUCUAGGCUAUGUAGUGAAUACACGUGUAUCUUUAUAUCUGUGUGCUAAACUAAGAGCUGUAAUCCUUAGUCCUAAUCAGCUGAAACGCGUCAGGCUCGAGACCGUCGCGCCAGCCCACACAAGCAAAUUGAAAACAACUCAUACGGUGUCUUUAAAUGACGACAAUAACAUUUUUUAACAAGCGGCAGUGGUUUAAAACGCGCCGGUCUCCUGCUCAUCAUUUCCCUAAAACUAUUGAGAAUAAUCUUAGUUGGGUAGCCUUAAUAUGAUUGUGUUGUAGCAAUUAAUUGUUGGCGAGGCCAUCCUGGCUGUUUUCAAUGUCUUUUUUGUCAAUUAGGCGCAUACUAACAUGCCAUAUCAUCAUUUGUCAAUUUACCUAUUAGGCUUAACUGUUUUGCGAUAAUCAACCAGCUAUAUUGGUGUUUACACCAUUUACUCGAUCAUUCAUGUAUAUAGUAGCUUUGUCCGUCGACGCAAUUAUUAUAUUAGAUAAUUCGUUGAAAAAUCCGAUGUGUCUGCGACCAAAGCUAUUUAUCGUCAUUGUUUUGCCACAUGCCGGCGGUUGUCCGCAAAAGAACAACUCUCGGCAUGGGUCGUUACGUACAUACCUACUAUGGUAACAUGCCAUUGCGAUUAAAUAGGAAGGAAGAAGUCGGCUUAGAAGAUUCAGGGUGGAGAAGAAGUUUAUUUUUUUAUUUUCAGGAAUGUUUCCAAUGGCAUUGCCAUGUUAACCCAAAUAGUCACUUUAACCAGCAUGUCCUACGUUACACUAUUCAGUCAUUGUUACAUUUAUGUGAUGUUAAGAUUAACUAUUCCUUCAUAUUUAGACCUGCGUGAUAGACGUGGGUACUUGUAACCGAUCGUAUAUUAAAAUUACUUUAUUGCAUACUACUAUAAACGUACCUAAAUAAAGAAUUUAUAAUAACAAAAACAUUCUAUAUUUUCCUAGAUUAAGUCGACCAGAUCAGUAUGCAUGCAGAGCUAUUUAUUUUUCUGAGCUAAAUUAUUGUUAAACAACAGUAAACCGCAAUUACCUUUGCUUGAUUAAUUAGUUGGACUGAACAGUUUGUCAGUAUGUAACCGAUUAUUUAGGCUUAGAUUUAUUGCUGUCGCGUUAUGUCCGAUCAAUCUUUGUUGGAGGUUUCCUGUAAAAACCGUGUAAAUAGUUUAAAGAUGAAUAAUAUAAAAUUAUUGUAUUUUA